GGGUUCAACGUGGCAUAACAAAAACUAGUCGUUACGAUUCCUCCUCCUUUAUUAUUACCUCAUCAGCAAAAUUAAAUAAAUUAAUUAAAAUUUCAGUUACUCCGCCAUGGAAGUUUCUCCUUGUAUUUCUCCUUCACUUACACCACUUACACCACUUACACCCCCAGUCUCACUUCCCCAAUCAAAACCCACAUUCACAAGGUAUUCAAAUCCAACGGUGAAGGUCACUUCCAUCCAAAGAUGCAAAUCUUUGAUACGAAACAAUCAACGGCUUGCAACCAAGGUUGCUGCCAAUAUUCAUGAUGUUUCCGUCGUAGCUGAUCCUGCUCGAGUCGAUAUCACUUGGCAAAUUGUUGUUGGAGCUCUAGCUGGGGUUACCCCUUUUAUUGUUGCAGGGAUUGAAUUCAGCAAAAGAAUUAUUGCACAAAGAAGAUGUGGUGAAUGUAGGGGCUCAGGACUUGUUUUCAGAGGCAAUGAUUAUUUUAAAUGCCCUGAAUGUGGUGGAUUUCUUCCAUGGCAGUCAUGGAAAAGGUUCUUCACUGGUUAAAAACAAUUUACUACUUUUCAUGUUAUAAGAUUUCCCCAUAACACUCUACAUUGUAAAACAAGUUGAAACUUGGGAGCCAAGUAAUUGAACUGGUUCAAGGAGAAAAGCUGUAAAAGCUUUCCUGCAUACAUGAAUGAUUAACUCUGUAAAAUGUACACAUAUGAAUACAUAUACAGUAUUAGUAUGUGAUUUUCUGGACAAUGUGCUUCAUUUUGACAUUUGUUGUAUCUGAUGCUUGCUGAACAUUGCAAAGGGAAGUAUAAUAAAUCAGAUUCCCACAGUUUCAAAGAA